UAACUCUCGUUUUCUGUUUCUUCUUUAACUUCAUCACAGGACAGACAGAUCAUGAGGCUAGCUACUUUCUGUGUUUCUUUCAUUACAGAAGAGAAGAAGAGAUCAUGGGUCGUGGAAAGAUUGAGAUAAAGAAGAUAGAGAAUUCAACAAACAGGCAAGUCACUUACUCCAAGAGAAGAAAUGGUAUUAUCAAGAAAGCUAAAGAGCUUACUGUUCUUUGUGAUGCUAAGAUCUCACUCCUCAUGCUCUCCAGCACCAGGAAAUUCCAUGAAUACACCAGCCCCAACACUACGCAAAAAAAGAUGAUUGAUCAAUAUCAGAGGACACUUGGGGUUGAUAUUUGGAGCCCUCACUACGAGAAAAUGCAAGAAAACUUGAAGAGAUUGAAAGAGAUCAAUAACAAGCUAAGAAGAGAGAUAAGGCAGAGAACAGGGGAAGACAUGAGCGGCCUCAAUUUGCAGGAGUUGUGCCUCUUGCAGGAAAACAUCUCCGAAUCUCUAGCUGAGAUACGUGAAAGAAAGUACCACGUGAUCAAGACUCAAACAGAUACCUUCAGGAAGAAGGUGAAGAACUUAGAAGAGCAACAUGGAAACCUCGUGCUUGAUUUGGAAACAAAAAGUGAAGAUCCAAAGUAUGGUGUAGUGGAAAAUGAGGGACAGUACAACUCAGCUAUGGCAUUUGCCAAUGGAGUACACAACCUCUAUGCUUUUCGCCUACAAUCGUUGCAUCCCAAUCUUCAAAAUGGAGGAGAAUAUGGUUCUCGUAAUCUACGCCUUGCUUGAAGGCAGCCAUUUAGCAAUGGGGUUAAUUAACCUAUUAAUGUUGGAUAUUACAAUUAUUCCAACUAACUUCCCAAAUAAUAUGUUAUUACUCAAAAAAAGUUAACUAUUCCAAGCUGCAACGACUACUUUAUCUAAUUAGGUUUUGCGUUGAGCCUGGAUUUGAUUGCUCUCCUAAUUGUCUAUAGCACUUUAGUAUUCUAGUUAGGAGUUUCGACUCCACUAUGUGUGAUGCCAAAUUAAGAAGAUGAAUUAUGAUAUAUCUUGAAUGAAUGUUCAAUUCUGCGA